CCCCAUUCUGACAUUUGGUCUGCCACACGAUUGGCUGAUUAGAUAUUUGCAUGAACACAGAGCGUAUAUCAGAGGGUUCUAAAUUCCUUCCAGAAACCCUGAUGGAACCCUGACCCUUCUAUUGUUUUUUUCCAUGACUGCUGGCCAAUCAAAACAUGUGACUGCAACAUGACAUGAGAAAGAGGGUGAUGAUUGGCUCUUCAGCCCUUGGGGCAUUACCCCGCUGUCUGCCGUGAAUACUGCUUUAGCAGUUUAGCAUCCGUAAACGUACCGCCAACCUCUUCACACCCCUCUCGAAUUACCCAUCCUCCGUCACACUGAGAGUUCCCCCAAAACAGACCUGCAUGUUUACUGUAAACGUGUUUUCCUUUUCUCUCCGCCCCUACCCCGGACACUCGCUCUUUCCAGUGCCUGCACCUGCAUGGUGGCUCUGGCCGUUUUCUCUGAACUGAGGUUCCUGGAGGUGAGCUUACCUGAGCCAGGAGGGCGGAGUUGGCCCUGCGGUUGGUGCGAUCUUGGCUGGAAGUGAGGGGCGGGGCUGCGCUGGGCGGUGUUGAUGUGAGCGGGCCAGCGCGUGGAAGUCCCGUCAGUUUCCCCCCUCUCCGCCAGGGCUGCAAGCGUCUCAGAACAGCAGCGAACCACACAUACCAGCGCCUGUGCCUUCACCGGCUAGCAGAGCGAGAGGGAGAAAGACUGAGAGCGAAAGGGAGAGAGUAAGGUAGGGAAAAGGGGGCAGAGGGAAAAAGAUAGGGAGAGAACAAGAGAGAGAAAGAACGUGUGAGACUCCCAAGCGAGAGCUGUUGCCUAGCCAGUGUAGGGGUCAAAGAGGAGUGAGGCUGUUGGAGCCCCGGAGGUGCGGAGGCGAUGGCGGUGCGUCCGCGGGGCAUGUCUGCGCGUUCGGGCUCGGUUCUGGAGGAGGAGCUGUCAUGCCCGGUGUGCUGUGAGAUAUUCAAGGACCCGGUGGUGCUCAAGUGCAGCCACAGCUUCUGCAAGGCCUGCCUGCAGCAGUUCUGGAGGAAGCGCACGUCCGCGCGCGAGUGCCCCGUGUGCCGGCGCCGCUGCUCCGCCACCGAGCCGCCCGUCAGCCUGGCGCUGAAGAACGUGGCCGAGACCUUCCUGCGCGAGAGCGACGGCGGCCGGGCGCAGCUCCACGCCGCCUGCCCCGCCCACGCCGAGCCGCUCAAGCUCUUCUGCCACCAGGACCAGGAAGUGCUCUGCUGCAUCUGCCACACGUCCAAGAAGCACAGCGGCCAUCGAGUCAGCCCGCUGGAGGAGGCCGCGCUCGACCUCAAGGAGGAACUGAAGAAAGACUUGAGUCCCCUGAAGAAGAACCUGAGGUUACUGUAUGAGGCCAAACAACACUGUGAGGACACUACUGUGCAUAUCAAGGGCCAGACCCAGCGGACGGAGCAGCUGCUGAAGGAGGAGUUUGAGCAGCUCCACGCCUUCCUGCGGGCGGAGGAGGCGUCCAGGCUGUCCCUGCUGCAGGAGGAGCAGGAGAGGAAGAGGCUGGUGGUGAAGAAGAGGACGGAGAACAUCACACGCGAGAUCCUGUCCCUGUCCCACGCCGUCAUCGCCAUCGACAACGAGAUCGCCACCAACGACGUCCUCUUCCUUCAGAACUACCAGAACACAAAGAAAAGAGCCCAGUGUCCUGUGCAGGACAUCGAUCAGCUUCCUGGGGUUCUGAUCGAUGUGGCCAAACACGUGAGCAAUCUGAAAUACAGAGUCUGGGAGAAGAUGCUGGGAACAGUUCAAUACACACCUGUGACCCUGGACCCCAACACGGCCUACGCCUGGCUCUCCCUGUCCGAGGACCUGACCAGCGUGACCAACAGCGGUGCGGUUCAGAAGGUGCCCAACAACCCCGAGCGCUUCGACCACUUCGUGUUCGUGCUGGGCUCGCAGGGCUUCGACGCGGGGCGGCACGCCUGGGAGGUGGACGUGGGGGGCAAGGAGGACUGGGUGCUGGGCGUGGUCAAGGAGUCGCUCAACAGGAAGGGGCGGAUCUCCGGCAGCCCCGAGGGAGGGUUCUGGACGAUUUCGCACUGCGACGGCGAGUACAUCGCCAUGACGACGCCGCGCACCCAGCUGGAGCUCGAGGGCCCCCUGGAGAGGGUUCAGGUGCAGCUCGACUACGGCGCGGGAGAGGUGACCUUCUCCAACCCCGUCGACAUGACGACCAUCUACACCUUCAGUGACCGGUUCACCGAGAGGAUGUUCCCCUUCUUCUGCCCAGGGGCAAAUAUCAAUGGCAACAACGCCGGGCCCCUCAAGAUCUGCCCCGUGAAAGUGGCUGUGUGGAACAGCGCCACUUGGUGAAGUAGCAAUGGCGUAUGUGACAUCACGCACAAUGCCCAUUUAACUGUUGUGUGAACAAUAGACUAGCUAUAGAAGAUUAAAUGUUCAGUGUACAAAACCAAUCAACAUUAUUAUGGAAUAAAAAACUGACAUCGAUGAAUAAGUCUUUA